CCAACUCGAUCUUUCUCCCUUCGAAAGCUUACCCCCAAUACUCUCUCACUACCCUAAAACCCAAUUCUCUCUCUUCGAAAGCCUACCCCAAAACCCAAACCCCUUUCUCUCUCUGUGACUCUUUACAAGACCUACCCCAAACCCCUCUCUCUCUCUAAAGCCUACCCCAAAACCAAAUCCCUCUCUCUCUCUCAUCGAAACCCUUGGCUGUUUGUAUUUUGCCGGUACUCUUCUCGAAGAUCAAGCCUGCUCGAAGAAUAUCCACCCUCUUAGCUCUGCCCCCCCAAAGAAAUACACAGAGAAAUUGCACAAUAAAACUGGUCUCUCACUUGAAAUUCCAUUUAAGAUCUCUCUCUCUCUACAAUCUCGCCCUCUCUCUCUCCCUUUCUUGAAUCAGUCCUCUCUAUCCCUUUUUUAUCCUCGUUCAAGUAGACAAUUUGUGCCAUUUAAAGAUUCUCUUUCUCUCUCUCUGUGAUAUAUAUUUUGUUCACUUGACCUGGCCGAGUGUUGUGAAGAUUGGCUUGGCUUGAUCGCUUCUUUGACCAGUUCUGAACCAGAAAUUUAUGCAUAUUAAGAUGGACAUUUUUGAGGUUUCCAUGGUUGGCUGAUGGAUCAAAGUCAGUGAAAUCUGUGAAGUUGAUGGUUUUCUCUUUUGAUGCACUCAUGGCUGGGGAAGGAUUUGAAGAAGGCAUAUUAGUACUAGGGUACACAACAAUUUGAUUUCGGUGAUGUGGAAUAAACCUUCUGAUCCUCUUCAUUAACAUUGUUCUUUGUGGUUUCUGAUCAGUAUAAUUAAUACCAUUCUCAAAAACAACAACUUGAAGUGUUUGGAGCAACUAGAAAUCUAUUUUCAUGGACCAUGGAGCAAUGAUAAACUGGGUGUGUUUAGGGUUUUUCAUUGAGAUAUUGCUUGAUUAGACAAUGUUUGUUAUGAUAGAACUAUCCACAAUUAGAAAUUGAGCAUUUUGUGGAUUACAUUCGGGCUCUUCCUCAGUUACAGUGGCCAAUUUAUAAAUCCAGGGUGGUUGGAAGGAGUGUGAGGGGAUCCAUUUUCAUCGACUUGGAAAUGUUGACUAGUGAUUGCCUGUUUUUUGUUAGGCUGGCUGGUUUUGCAUUGCGCAAUUGUUGACAUUUUUGCUUUGAAAGUUAACAUAGACUCACUGAUCAAAAGAAAAGUAAACAUAGAUUCAGGUGACAUUUACUCUCUUUUUCUUUUUUUUUUUAAUAGUGACUCGUGUGGCAUUAUUGUGUUUGGGUAAGGUUGUAAGAAUUUGGAGAUGCUCUUGUUUAAGUUUUUUUUUCUUUUAAUUGCGAUUUGCACAUUUGAAAAGUAUUCUUAAUGGAAUGAUUCUAAUAAAUUGGAGUUGAUUAGACCUUAUGAAAACGUUUUUGAUACCUGAUAAAAAAAGAGGACUGAUUUAGUUUGACUUACAUGAAGAAUUGUGAAUGCCCAUAAUUAGCAAGAAAGAGAUAAUAAAGGAGAGAUAUUACUGUAUAAUUUUGCAAAGAAGGGUUCCUUGACCUUAGAGCUUUAGUUGGAAAAUAAUAAGCUAAAGGAAUUAGAAAAGGGACAUAAAGUGUGUAUUUGAAGGAGUUGGCAAAAGAAGUGUUAAUUAGUACUCGACUACUGGGUAACAUAGUAUGUGUUGACUUGUUCCAGAACAACACAAAAGAAUUAGUCUUCAGGAAAUUGAAAGGUCAGCACUUGAUGAUGGCUUCUUGGGUGUUUUGCUCAACUUUUGGGCGAUCAUUAAAAUUACAGUUUGGAGAUUUCUGGUGAAUUUUUUCAUCAUUCUAGGAUGUUAGUGGAGGUUAAUGUUAACUUUUAUACACUAACAUCAACAAGAAGGAAGUUUUUUUUUUUUGGGGUUGUUAGGGUGAGUUCAAACUCAUUAAUCAUUUUAGGCCUUAUAGCAUUCACAUUCUGUGUUAGUGUGUGUGUGGUGUGGUGGGAUGUACUGUGUUUAUUUUUUAUUUUUUUUGGGGGGAGGGGCAUAUACUAUAUACAAUCUUGGCAUACCAUUGGGCAAUAUGCUUAGGAGGUUCAAUAUCUAACUAUAUCCCUAAGCGGAGUUGGCUCUGCAAGAAUCUUUUGUUUUUUGAUGGGGAGCCAGUGGGCCACCUGCUGGACACAGCUAAAGAGGGAAAACCACGAGUUAUAUGUGAUCAUCAAAUGAGGCGCACCUGUGAUUGUGCAAACUAGGAUUUCAUGAUACAUGCUUUAUAGGAUGGCAUUGGAUGGAGAUGUCAAGAUUGGGUUAUGAGUCCAAGUUGCUUUUCUGUGAGUUUUUUUUUUCUAGGAAGCCUACAAGGUUUAAGAGAGGGCUGUCCCCUGUUCCCAUUUUUAUAUGUUUUUGUGGUUUAAUCUAAUGUGUGAUAUAUUGGGACUAAAAUUCGGUUUAUUGAAGCUGUACUUUCUGGAACCCAUCGUUCAUGGUUUCACUUUUGCCUUCCUCUAUAGCUGAUGUUGUUGUGUUUGGAGAUGCCUCGAUAAAAAAUGCUCUAAACCUUAAAUGUAUUCUCAAUUUCUUUCAAAGGGGUGCCAAUUUAAUUUGGAUGAAUAUAAAAUAUUUGGAGAUGUAAGGUUGGGCCAUAGUUUUUGAUAAACGAACUUAAGUGUCUGACACUUGGAAAUGAGUUCAGGAAGUGGUUUUUUUAUGUAAUCCCUUUCUCAUUUACACAAAUAUUCAUACAUGCAUUUACAAAUUAAGGUUCAAUUACUAGAACCCAUUUUAUAGUAGUCUGGUAGCUGGUUUACUGAGGAUUAAUUAUAAUUUUUUUCAUGCUGGGCCACGAGUAGUCUAUUGCAGCUUUUGAUUACAGGAACUGGAGCUGGAGCAGCAAGGUGUUGUGGUGACGAGACCUGGACAGGGUCAAGCAUUGUAGUCUAGUGGCUCCUUUUUGCAAUGCACCGUGUGGGAAGUACAGGAAAUACAUCGAAUUCAACUCGUCCACGAAAGGAGAAGCGUUUGACCUAUGUACUGAAUGAUGCAGAUGACACAACUCACUGUGCAGGCAUAAAUUGUUUAGCUGUUUUACAGUCAUUGGCACCUGGUAGCUGUGAUUAUUUGUUCACUGGAAGCCGAGAUGGGACACUCAAAAGGUGGACCUUGGCUGAAGAUUCAGCUAGCUGCUCAGCAACAUUCGAAUCUCAUGUUGAUUGGGUUAAUGAUUGCGUCCUUGCCGGUGAAACUCUCAUUUCUUGCUCGUCAGACACCACACUUAAGACAUGGAGUUGCUUAUCUGACGGGACUUGUACCAGAACUUUCCGCCAGCAUUCUGACUAUGUUACGUGCCUAGCAGCAGCUGAGAAAAAUAGCAAUAUUGUUGCCUCUGGAGGCCUUGGUGGUGAGGUUUUCAUAUGGGAUAUCGAAGCAGCACUUGCUCCAAUCUCAAGGUCAACUGAUGUGAUGGAGGAUGACAAUUCCAAUGGGAUUAUUGCUUCUGGAAACUCUGGUUUACCUGUCACAAGUCUGCGUUCAAUUAACUCAAACAGUGGCAUUUCGCUACACACAACUCAGUCACAUGGGUAUAGCCCUAUUGCUGCCAAAGGCCACAAAGAGUCCGUAUAUGCAUUAGCAAUGAAUGAUACUGGAACACUUCUUGUUUCUGGUGGAACUGAGAAGGUUGUUCGUGUUUGGGAUCCAAGAAGUGGAUCAAAAAAAAUGAAAUUAAGAGGUCAUACAGACAAUAUCAGGGCUCUGCUAUUGGAUUCUACUGGCAGGUUAUGCUUGUCUGGAUCUUCUGAUUCUAUGAUAAGAUUGUGGGAUCUUGGUCAGCAGCGAUGCAUUCAUUCCUAUGCCGUGCAUACAGACUCGGUUUGGGCACUUGUCAGCACCCCAACAUUCAGUCAUGUUUACAGUGGCGGGAGGGACCUCUCUUUGUACUUGACGGACUUGGCAACCAGAGAGAGUCUUCUACUUUGUACAAAGGAGCAUCCCAUACAACAGAUGGCACUGCAGGAUGAAAGUAUAUGGGUUGCAACAACUGAUUCUUCUUUACACAGGUGGCCAGCAGAUGUACAUAAUCCUCAAAAGGUUUUUGAAAGAGGGGGUUCAUUCUUGGCUGGGAAUUUGUCCUUUACAAGGGCAAGGGCUUCUUUAGAAGGAUCUACACCAGUUCCAGUCCACAAGGAGCCGUCAUUCACAAUUCCGGGAACUCCUGCAAUUGUGCAGCAUGAGAUUUUGAACAAUAGAAGGCAGGUGCUCACAAAGGAUACUACUGCUUCCGUGAAGCUAUGGGAGAUCACAAGGGGAGUUGUAAUUGAAGACUUUGGCAAGGUUUCUUUUGAGGAAAAGAAGGAAGAGCUUUUUGAAAUGGUAAGCAUACCUGCGUGGUUCACAAUGGAUACUCGCCUGGGAAGCAUGUCUAUCCAUUUGGAUACACCACAAUGCUUUUCUGCAGAAAUGUAUGCCAUUGACUUGAACAUAUCAGGAGCUUCUGAAGAGCAAAAGAUUAAUCUAGCACAGGAAACUCUUCGUGGUUUGCUGGCCCCUUGGAUUGCCAAACGAAGGCAAAAGUUGGGGUCACAGGCUUCUCUUAAUGGUGAUGUUCCUUCUGGGAAAGAUGUCCCUUCUCAAAAUUAUUCACACUCCAGAAUGGAAGUUGAUAAUGGAGCUGACAGUUACAACUCCAUGGUACUUCCUUCUUUCGAGUUUUCGACUGUCUGUCCUCCUUCUAUCAUUACUGAAGGUACCCAAGGAGGUCCUUGGAGAAAGAAGGUUACUGAUAUGGAUGGAACAGAAGAUGAGAAGGAUCUCCCUUGGUGGUGUCUAGAUUGUGUCUUGAAUGGUCGAAUGCCUCCCAGAGAAAAUACCAAAUGCAGCUUCUUUUUGCAUCCAUAUGAAGGAACGACGGUGCAAGUCCUUACACAAGGAAAAUUAAGUGCCCCACGGAUAUUGCGGAUACACAAAGUUGUAAACUAUGUUAAUGAGAAAAUGGUUCUUGAUAAACCCUCAGAAGCUGGAAACACCGAAGGUUCAUUUGCUUCUGGAGUGGCCGGAGGACAAUCUCAGCUUCCAACUAUUGGGGAUGGUUCUUUCCGAUCUAGGCCAUGGCCAAAGACAAAGCCUAUAGUUGAAAUUUUAUGCAACAAUCAGGUAUUAUCCCCAGAUAUGAGUCUAGCCAGUGUCCGUGCUUAUGUCUGGAAAAAACCAGACGACUUGAUCCUUCAUUAUAGGGUGGUGCAAAGUAGAUGAUUUCACUGUUUGCUAGAUAGAGAGAUGUAUUUUCGAUCAGAGGUGAAACCAAGGAGAAGUCUGGAACAGUGGUGGAAGGGCUUUUUCUGUGAAAGAGUGUACAUAUCUGGUAAUGAUGUCUAGGGUGAUGGUCAUUUGGGGCCCUAAUUAUUUCAUUGUAAAGCGAAAAUUUGAUUAAUACAUGAAGCUUAAUUUCAAAACUUCGCUUUGGAAAUCACAGGAAACAUCUGCUCCUCCAAAAUUAUUUAUCAAUUUGUGUAAUAUUCUCUCUGUACAUCUUGGAUGGGGUGGAAAGAAAUUUUUUGAAAUGUUCAGUGUUGGAUGUAAAACAAUUUGGGUUGAUUUAAAGAUAGAAAUAGGGUAUCUUAGGCGUGCAG